UGUACCGUACGAUGCGCAGAAUGAAUAACGAAAGAGAUUUUCGGAGACGAUACCGUUAUGUUAUGUUGUAACUCUCGAACUUGUAGAAUGUUAACCUUAUCUUAAUAGCAAUUCAUUAAUUUUAUAUAUUGAAAGUUCUUUACAAUUUACUGUACAAUUUAGCAAUUUCAAUUCUUUGCGGGACAAUAAGAAAGACUAAAUAUCAUUUUAUCCAGUUUUGAACUUUUUUUAAAGAACAAUGUUGUGUUGAAACCAAUGGUAGAUUGAUGACGUUGGUGACGACGCUAAGGUUCGAGUUGGCUUCAAGUAGUGUUCAAAGAAAGUUUCGCGUUUCUCUUUACUUCUUCAGAGCAGUACGAUCGAGACUAGAUAACAUAGAUAUUGCAAUAGCGCUUUAAUUACAGUGAACUUGUGCAAUGGAACUUAUUCGUCGUAAGCGUGGAAGACCUAAUAUCUUGACUAAACAGUCGCAAGUGCAAAGCGCCAAGUUUGAUUAUUAUGAGCAUAUUCCUGCCAGUUGUACGAAAAAUAUUCAACAAACUAAAAACGAUGAACACGAGCCUUCUGACACUUUUGUGAAAUGUGAAACGACGGAAACAAUGGUAACUGCAAGUAUACGAACACGAAUUAAAAUAAGUUUUGAAAUUGAUUUAAUUUCAAUUAUUUUAUUGAUAAUGGGAAUUUUCACUCGACUUUAUCGUUUAGAAGAACCACGCAGCAUCGUAUUUGAUGAACUACAUUAUGGAAAGUAUGUGGGACUUUAUAUGAAGAAAACAUUUUUUUUCGAUUCGCAUCCCCCUUUGGGAAAACAGCUUAUUUCCGUAGUAACAUAUUUGGCAGGAUUUGAUGGUCAAUUCAAAUUUGAUAGAAUUGGAAGCCCUUAUAUGGAUAAUGUACCUUUGUUCGCGUUGCGAUUAGUACCCGCAUUAUGCGGUAGUUUAUUAAUUCCAACAACGUAUCACUUAAUUUUAGAAUUGGGUUUAAAACAGUGGACUGCAGCAUUAGCAGGGAUAUUACUAUUACUCGAUAAUGCUCUUUUAACACAAUCUAGAUUUAUUUUGAUGGAAAGUAUUCUGAUGCAAUUCUCAUUAUUUGGAUUAAUAUGUAUUAUGAAAUUCAGAAAAGUAAUGGAUCAACCAGCAACUUUAUCAUGGUGGAUAUGGCUAAGUUUAGGAAUUGCAAACCUAACAUGUGCAUUAUGUGUAAAAUAUGUUGGAUUAUAUUCUUUGAUUCUUGCAUUGUCCUUAAUUGCUUAUGAUUAUUGGACCCUAAUAUCCAGAAAGACUUUGUCUAGCACUGUGUUGUAUAUACAUCUUAUAUUGAGAAUCGUUGUAGUGUUGAGUGUAAUCUGUAUCAUUUAUUUAACUGUAUUUUAUAUUCAUUUAUCAAUACUCUCUAAAGCAGGACCACACGACUCUGUGAUGACAAGUGCAUUUCAAGCAAGUUUAGAAGGCGGUCUUGCCAGCAUUACAAAAGGCCAACCAUUAGAAGUGACUCAUGGUUCACAAAUUACUUUAAGACACACAUAUGGAAGAGCUUGUUGGCUUCAUAGCCAUAACCAUAUGUAUCCAUUAAGAUAUCCAGAUGGUCGAGGUAGUUCACAUCAGCAACAAGUUACAUGUUAUUCUUUUAAAGAUGUCAAUAACUGGUGGAUUGUGAAAAAGCCAGAAAAAAAUGAUUUAGUUGUUACUAAACCUCGAGAAUCAGUAAAACAUGGCGACAUAAUACAGUUAGUACAUGGGAUUACAAGUAGAGCAUUAAAUUCACAUGAUGUUGCAGCUGCAAUGACACCUCAGAGUCAGGAAGUGUCUUGCUACAUUGAUUAUAAUGUAUCUAUGCCGGCUCAAAAUCUUUGGAGAGUUGAAAUUGCUAACAGAGAUACCAAUGGGGAUGUCUGGCAUGCUAUCCAAAGUCAAGUGCGUUUAAUACAUGUAAAAUCAGACUAUGCAUUAAAGUUUAGUGGAAGACAAUUACCUGAUUGGGGUUUCAAUCAACAUGAGGUAGUAGCAGACAGAUUAAUAGAUCAGACGGACUCCAUAUGGAAUGUUGAAGAACAUAGAUACACUAAAAGCGAAGAUCAGAAACAGAGAGAAAGAGAAUUAAUUAAUGCUGAAAUGAUUCCACUGCAAGCUACGAGAUUGAGCUUCUGGGAAAAAUUUUUGGAAUUACAAAUAAAAAUGUUCUUUAGUGGUCAAGAAGGACAAAAUAGCCAUAUGUAUUCCAGUGAUCCUUUAGAUUGGCCACUGAUGUCUAGAGGAAUUGCAUAUUGGGUUUCGAAUGAAAGCAAUGCUCAAGUAUAUCUUUUAGGGAAUAUAGUAAUUUGGUAUUCAGCUACAAUCUGCAUGAUUAUAUAUUCCAUUCUAUUUGUGUUUUAUAUAUUACGAAGAAGAAGAAUGUGUUUUGAUAUUACAAACUCAGAAUGGAAUAAAUUUUCUAAUAUUGGAAGUAUUCUAUUAACUGGAUAUCUGCUACACUUUUUACCAUUUAUGUUCGUUCAAAGAACUCUUUUCCUUCAUCAUUAUUUACCAGCAUUCAUUUUUAAGUUAUUGCUUACUGCAGCAACAAUAGAACAUUUAUAUUAUUUAAUUGAAACUCGAUAUCAGCAAAAUAUCUUACUCCAUACAUUAAGAGUCAGUACUCUUGUCUGGAUAGUUUUUAUUAUAUAUAUAUUUAAAAAGUUUUCUCCGCUUUGCUAUGGAACGACACAUCUAAGUGCCAAGGAAAUUGUAAAUUUGAGAUGGCGAGACACAUGGGAUUUUAUUGUUCAUAAAACUUAAAGAGAUACUCAAAUUUAAUAUAAGUAUAUAUUGAUAAGUACAAUAAGUAAAUAUUGAUAAGAUUAUUUGUUUAUCUGUAUCAAAAAAUUUCUUUUAAAGUAUGUAAAACAUAUUGAUUACGUCAAA